GUCAUAGAAAUGUCCUGAAAUUAUGAACACUUGAGAACAGGAAACAAUAAAGUUUUUUCUUUAAAUAUUCGAGCAGAUGUCGGCAACGAAACACUUGCUGAAGGGAUCUGGUUGCCUAAGUUCUAUCCUAUUUUUCUUUUACUUACAGGAAAGAGCUAUGAUGAAGAUAAAAGUUCACAUAGUUUUAUUUUUCUUUGUUUGUUUUGCUAUAGCAGCUUUCGCAAAGUUCUGUCCGCCACCGUUGCAUCCCGAGGCUUGCAAACACGAUUAUACGUACAACCACUGCUGUUCUCAGGGUGAUUGCAAGUCUUAUGAUAUCUGCUGCGUAGAACCUUGCGGCAAUGUUUGCAGGAGAGCCAGAGACGUGGAGACUUCUGGCGUUGCUUUCAGGAACGGAGACGAAUGCCAGCUUGGUAAAGUGACGAAAGGCUUCUGGAGCAACCUUUUCGGCUGAAGAAAGAAAGCAUUAGUCACUGCAGAUGAGCAUGUGCAAUAUAUAUGUGAAUCUGUGUAUAUUUUGUUCUAGCUUUUAUUAAGUAAACGGCAACUUCAAAUAUGUAAUUAAAAUCUAAAGCAAAUUCA